UGAUGCAGUAGCUAAACUGUUUCAGUUGAUAAUUAUUAUUAUUUAUUUAUUUUACAAAUUCUGCUAAUAAUAAUAAUAAUAUCUCUGUUGAUUUGAACCAGCGAUGAUGAGUUGCCGUCGUCAUUUGAUACUCUGCGUCCUCUUAUUGCUAUUUGAUGAAGGGUCACUGAGGUACAUCCCAUUCCCAGCAACACCCCUCAUCCCUGCUGCCUACACAUUGGAGCCACAGGGAGACCUCUCAACAAGCCAAGAUGUCCUCCCUCCUUCCUCAUCAAAUCUUAUGAACCAAAUUCACCACAUUCCUACACCAGCAUUCAAAGAUCAGCACAACACACCAUCCCAUCAAGAUAUUAUUCAUCUAUCUGGAUUUUCAACCAUUAGCAAUACUGACCACUUUGACUCAAUAUCCACAACUUCUCCAAGUGGUGGUCUCAAAUUCAAUGCCAGCCGGAAUGCCAGUCAACUUAUCAAUGAUCAAACAUCAUCAUCAUCAUCAUCAGCUCACGCUAUUGGCUACACUGAACGGAUAGACAACGAAACUAAAAUGGCGACCGCUAGUGGUUGGAAUAACAGCAGUGAUGUUACACCUUCCUCUUCUUCUGUUGUUUCUUAUUCUGAGCUAAACAACUCUCUUGUUGGAACCAACAUUAGCCAGAGCAACGCUAGUGGCCACACUGAAGAUCUCUCUGUGACUUUGGAGGACUGUCCUCAUCCGAAUGGAUCUGUGGUGGUGCUGGAAACAAGUGAUCCGUUAGCCGAUCUAAACGUUGAUCCUAUGUCAGCCACUGACAUCAUUGACUUCUACACUCAUCGGAUAGAUUCUGUCUCGGUCACCGAUGACCUUGGCAACACUAGUCUUAGUUUACAUCGUAACAACACUAACGUUACUGUCACAGUAGAUACUAGUGCAGUAGUUACUGAGACGGCAGCGCAGGCUGAACCGAACACAGACAUGAUGCUGGGCCUGGAGGAGGAGGAAGAGCGGGAAGAAGAGGAGGAGGGAGAGCGGGAAGAAGAGGAGGAGGUAGAGUGGGAAGAAGAGGAGGAAGAAGCCAGUGGCCAUCUUAAUACUACUCAGGAUGCUUCACUCUCAGACCCCCUGAUCGACGAUAUUAAUCAUGCUUAUGUGAUAACAGGUGACUAUAAUGUUAGCGCUGAGGCUAAUGGCUCUGUGAUAACAGGUCACUAUUAUGUUAGCGCUGAGGCUAAUGGCUCUGUGAUAACAGGUCACUAUAAUGUUAGUGCUGAGGCUAAUGUCUCUGUGAUAACAGGUCACUAUAAUGUUAGCGCUGAGGCUAAUGGCUCUGUGAUAACAGGUCACUAUAAUGUUAGCGCUGAGGCUAAUAGCUCUGUGAUAACAGGUCACUAUAAUGUUAGCGCUGAGGCCAACUACUCAUCCUCAGUUGAUAUUAGUGGCUUCAGCGACAAAUUGUACUUUAUAAAAGAAGAAGCUCACAAUGAAAGUCAGGAAGCCGUUACCCUUUCCUCUUCCGCCAUUGGCUACACUGAAUAUGAAGAUUCCAUCGAAGCGACCAAUGACUACCAGAGUACUGUUACCAGCGGAGACGAAGGAACAACAUCACCUACGGUUACUAGUACCAGCGUGGAGCAGAGUGGCGAGAAUGAGAACCAGGAAGUGCUUCCUAUUGCGGCUCCUAUGAUUGGGUAUCCUUCCUUGGAGUCUGUGGAUCCUAAUGAAAGCACCACAAAGUCAACUGUUGUGCUGAACUACAUUGACUAUAUUGACUCUGAACCUAGUUACUCUAACCACUAUGUGAAUGUAGCCAGCAGUGAAAAAUAUGCCCACUCUUCAUCCUCCUCCUCUCCUCUUGAACCUGACAGUGACCACCUCCAAUCUGCUGAUGAUGCUGAACUAGAGGUACUAGGCUCUGGGUUGGAGGAAGAGGAGGAGAAUAGGAGCGGAGAGAACAAUUGUAGCAGCUGUAGCUGUGGUAACACCACCUCCAGUGCCAGUCACCAUUCCACCACCACCAUUGACAACACUGACUAUGAUUGGGGCUCGGCUGAAGUCAGUACGACAGGUAACCAGGGUAACAGCACAGCAGACAUUGAAGUCCCAACUGAAGUUAGUAGGAUUGUUCAGGGAAACAGCAGCAGCAUCUCCAUGGUACCUUCUGCUGAAAGCACAGUCAGCUCUGUCCAUGGUAACUACACAGUCAUUGUUCUAUCUGACUACAGUGACAACAUCACCACCACUACUCUGACCCCCACCAACCGUACCAGCGAAGGGAUUGUUGUGAGUACCACCCCCACCGCCGUGCUUGAGGAACCCACAGGAGAGAGCCGAUGUGGGACUGCAUGUUCUCCCAGCAAGGCCCUACCCUCCACCACCACCAGUCUGGAAGCCAAAGAGGAAGAGAAGGACCAGAAAGCGUCUGAUGCUGCAAAGAAGCCCGUGUCAUUGUGGCCUCGGUUUCCAUGGAUGCGCAGGUAUUAGAACCAUGGAUCUCUGGGACCGGGAAUUUUUUUUGAGGGGAACCAAAUCUGAGGGGAACAUUUUUUGAGGGGGAACUGUUCUGAGGGGAUUAAUGAAAGAUAAGAGAUAUUAAUAUUUGUAUUGGUUUUUUUAGAUGUUGACAUGGAUGCAGUAGUUUGGGGGUUUAAAGUUCGUGCAUGCCCACUAUGUUGUUGUACACUACACUAUAUGUAUAUUUUAAAUAAAUAGUCCUCAA